CCUGAACUCACCGGGGAGUUUCCAAAUCACAAGUUCUCACUGGUGGCAAUUCCUCCUUUUCAUCAACAUGUAGAACCUGGAAGUGAGCGAUCGAGCCACAGGGCGUCUGUUGUGUCGGACACACGGGUUCAAACACAACAGUCGGUCUGUGACACACGACAUAGAAACAUCUGGAAAGGCCUGUGCCCCCAUCCCCACCACCACACUGACCCCCCAGUUCCUCCACAGUCUCCCAGUGUGGACUCCAUCAUGUCCAAAGAGCCACAGGACCCCACCGCGUCUGACAUGCCUCCUCCUCCUCCUCCGUACUCCUACCAGGAGCAGCAGCCCCCGGCCUACUCCUCAGCUCCAUCAACGUACCCUCCACCUAAAUCAGAGUCAGCCUCCAUCUGUCAGCCUGUCACUGGCUACCAGUCUUUCCGCGACAUCUGUCCAGAGUGUCAGUCCGACACCACUCCUCUGACGACGUCGUCUUCCUUUGACGACGACACCGUGAGGAGAGGCUUCGUUAGAAAGGUCUUCAGCAUCCUGACGCUGCAGCUGCUCUUCACCUUCAGUGUGGUCUGUGUCUUCACCUUCUCCACUGUGGUCAAAGAGGCGGUUAUCAACAACCUGUGGGCCUACAUCAGCUCCUUCAUCAUCUUCGCAGUGGUGGCCAUCGCCCUCAGCUUCUGCAAGUCUUUCCGUCGACGUCACCCCUGGAACCUGGUUGGACUGGUGGUGAUCACACUGAGUUUGUCGUACAUGGUGGGAACCAUCGCCUCCUACCACAACACCACUGCUGUGCUCAUCACCAUGGCAGGAACACUGAUCAUUUCUCUGGCCAUCAUUGCCUUCUCAAUGCAGACCCGUUUUGAUUUCACCAUAUUUUCUGGCGCCCUGCUGAUUCUGGCCAUGGACCUGAUCAUGUUUGGAUUCAUCUGCACCUUCUACUACUCCUACAUCACUGAUGUGGCCUACGGCUGUCUGGGAGCCCUGCUCUAUUCACUGUUUUUGAUGUUGGACUGUCAACUGAUGGUGGGGCUGUUCAGUUUCCGUCUGGAUCCUGAGGAGUACGUCACCGCUGCCCUCACCCUCUACCUGGACAUCAUCCUCAUCUUCCUCUACCUGCUGGGCUGGAGGUGAAACUGUACAAACACAAAAUGUACACCACACACACACACAUAUCCACACACAUUCCACUGUGUGUCGUAAUGAAAAACCCGAUCAAUAAUGUGAAUACUGUACAUGUUUCCUGUUUCGUGAGUCAUUUCAUCAACAAAUGUUUUUGUCUUUACACAAAUAAAAAUCAACUGACAUUU